AUGUCUGCUAGUUUAUUCAGAUCCAAGCAGUUCAAGUCGAAGAAAAACCUUAAGACCCUUACUAUUUCGGGUCCUCUUUCGCUUUCGGCUGCUGCUGCCAUGGCCGCUGAACAAAACGUCUCCCCAAAACAACCUCCUACAGUGGCCUCUUCGAAGAGAAAGGGUAAAUAUCCAGUUAUUGUCUUGGUUGCCAAGUACAAGUUCGAAGCUGAAAACCCAGAGGAAUUGAGCAUAGACGUUCGUGACUACUUAAAGUUGUUAGAAAGAGAAGGCAAUGGUUGGUUAAAGGUCCAGAUGUUAGAAAAGAAUGACAAGGUUGGUAUCGUGCCAGCUUCCUUUGUUGGCAUAGCAGUCAAUGAUAUAGUGAACCCUAUUUCAAUUGAAUGGCUCAACGAAUACAAACUGGACAACGACUACGACAGCAGCCUGGAAGAAGUCGAAAGUCGCUCUCUCGUCGACCUGAAGGACCAGACCACUAUUGCAAACGAAGAUCCAUUCCCAGUAUCUGCCUGCGUUGCUAAGGUUUACCUGGAUAGCACUAACAAGUACUGGUACAGAACCAGAAUGACAAUGUCCACCAACGAGGAUAUCUAUGUUGGUAAAUGUUACCAACAGUUCUACAAAUUGCAUACUGCCUUGGUGCUGAAGUAUCCAGAGGAAACCUUACCCAAGUUGCCAUUACCAGUGCGAAGCUCUUCUGUCCUGGGCAACAAGCGCUACUCAACAUUGAAAUACGACAGAAAGUUCCUCAAGGACUUGAACGCACUUAGCGAGGGUUUGAAUUCUUACUUCAACAAUUUGCUUUUAAUCAGAUCCAUACAAACAUCUUCCGAAGUGUACUCUUUCAUUUUUGAUUCACCAUACGUGAAAUUAUCUCACAAAGAAAGCAAUAUUAAAGAAGACGACAAUAUGAUGGCGGAAGUUGUGCAUAAGCUUGCUCCAAAAUCUAUUGACAUUAACGAACUCUUGAGCUCCACAGGAUCCUUUUCAGCAACUGAACCUUUACCUCCGUUGAAGACUUCAUUAUUGACUAGCCCAAGAAAACAUUCAUCCAUAAUCGACCCUAACAUGAAGUGUUCAGCAUACAUCCAACAGAAGGAAAAGAAGAUAGUCAACUCCACCAGUAAUAACACCUUGGUGAGUUACUCAUCCCUUAUUGAUGGGUACGAUGACAGCGAGGAAGAAAAGAGCAGCGGAAAGGAAGACAGCUAUGCCGAGUCAGAGGAAUCUAAAAACGAUUCCAUCGACACAAAGGCUACCUCCUUCGAAGAUGAAUUUGAAGAAGCCAAAGACUUCAAGGCUCACCCUUAUGAAGAGUUUAAACCAAGCAAACCAAUUGCUGACAUCAAGAGUAAUUCUAUUUCAAAUUUUUCUUACCAUAGAACUCCUAGAGAUUCCAGCAAGUUUGGGCACUCGUAUUCGAACUCUGGCAGUGACCUCGACUCAUUGUUCUCUCACAAAGGUAGCUCGCCAACUACCCCUAUACUAGCAACAAGUGGGUUUCUUCCGGAUGCUGAAGUGGGAGGUAGUCCUGCAACCCCUUCUACUCCAAUAAUUGAAGAACAAGAAACCUCAUCCAUGCCGCUCACGUCCUCGUACCUUUGGAAGGAGGCCCGCAAGGCAAGAGGUAGAUCGGAUACGAGCCUGAAGUACGCAUCUGGCCAGUUCAAUGUUACACAAUACAUGGAUUCCAUAGAAGCUCCUGGUUCUUCCACACUCGGUCAAUUUCCAUCCAAGAGAAAGGACUCUGCAACCGUGCCCUUAUGCAAUGCUAAUGACUACAUCAAGAUUAAAAUUUAUUUGAACAACAGGGAAGAUGAUAUUGUGGCCUUGAAAAUCAAGAGAAACAAUCUUAUUUCUAUACUUUACUUGAAGAAGCUUCUUUCGUUCAAGAUUUACAAGGAUUACAAUUUAAUCAACCACUACAAGUUGCAGGCCAAUGAGAGUUCCAUUGAUGAAUUAGAUGAUACCCAAUUAUUACAAUAUAUCAAAUCCUUCUCCAAGGUGAGCUUGAGAUUAGUUAGACUUAGAAGUUAG